AUGGCCACCAGCACACUGGAACGAUUAUUUGAAGACGGGCAAUUAAGCGACGUUACUUUGAGCGUCCAUGGGCGCCAAUUUCAAGCUCACAAAUGUAUUUUGUCAUCCAGCAGCAAAGUAUUUGAGGCCGAGUUCAAGUAUAAUGUAUCGAAUCAAGUUGUGAUUGAAGACAUUCAACCUGGAGUAUUUCACCAACUUCUCCGUUUCAUUUACACCGGUCGCUUGACUUCAGCAACGAUGGAAACAAUGGCUGCCAGACUGUUUGCGGCUACCGACAAAUAUUUGCUGGAUCAACUGAAAUCCGAAUGCGAGUCUCAUUUGCGUCAUCAAAUGUCGGCUGAGAAUUGCAUGGAAUUGCUUCUGCUCAUCAUCGACCAGAUCCACCCAGCGGAUAAUUUGAAGCAAAGUGCGGUGGAUUUCUUCCGGCGUUAUCCACGUGAAGUGAUGGCGACCGACGGAUGGAAAAAGACGAGACAACAAAAUCCAAAUCAUUAA